ACGAGCGACAGUGGCGCGGCGGUGGAGCUCAGGCGCGGACUAAUAUUUCCCUCUAGUUUUGUGUAUUGAGUCUUUGUGUGUCUUGAGUCUCUUUGAAGUGGAUGGAAAACUGAUCAAAACUAUUGGAAUGAUUAAAAUUUAACUUCAAGGCCUACGCUCGUCAGCUGAGGUUCGCUCCCAUUGGUUGGACAGCUUUCGUCGCACCUAUUCAAAUGACAUCUGCAAAGUUUCCUGGCGAUAACCGCACCGAUUUGUGUAACAAAUUUUGCUACUUGUUGGUCCGCCAUGCCGGUAGACGAGAUCAGCAGCAGAGCUUUCACACAUGACAUUUAUCGUCGCGUUCAGCUUGCUGCAGCAGUACUCGUCAUCAGAAGCACCCCCAAUGGUACAUCGUCUGAAGCUCACGCGGCCGAUCUACAGCGAAAAUUGAAAAUACUUUGGUUGAGUUCGCCCUUGUCGCCAGGAGCAAGCCAAGUGAAUGUGUCUGUGGAUCGUCAUAUUCUUUUUCAACUGCAAGAAUUACUUGCAUUUCGAUUAAAUUCAGUUAUCUCAGAAAGUUCUCAUCAUAGCGUUACAGUUUGUUCUCAAAGUCAGAGCGUGAGCUAUGCUACUAAACAAUCAAAUGAUAUCAAUCAAAAUGAAAUAUGGAAGAUGCAAGCAUUUUCCGACCAUCUUCAUGCCAACAGAGUUAAAAUUCAAGCCUCUGCCAAUUUUAUUCAAGCAGUUAUUCACUUGAAAGCACUAGCAGAGGCUCAGACCACUAUUCCUUUCGAUAAAUAUAACACCUCUGUCUCCUUAUUGUGCAACAGAAAAAGUCAAGUUAAUUUUCCAUACAAUUUUGAGGAAAGUCUGUUUGCACAUCCCUUACCAUCAGAUGACAGCGGUUUUUGUACCACAAAUGACAAUGUGUACAAAAAUACUGAGACAGUUAAAGGUGUUGCGAGCAGUGUUAUCUUGUACAUUGUGAACUCUUGUAAUGCCGAUGAACUUCUCCAAAAGAGUGUUGAAUCAAUUAUUGUGCAGCUAAGGGAUAUUGCAUUGAAGGAUGAUGGCAUACAUUUACAUGACACAAUUAAUCAGUGGAGGGGAUCAGCUUAUCACCAUGCUAUGGUUGCUUUUCAAUCAGUAUUUAGUGGUCAACAGAUGAACAUGCACAGAACUCUACCAGACCAGCAGCUAUGUUUAUCAAUUUUACAAGAAAUGCUGGAACAUGUAUCCAAGAAAAAGUAUUCCUCUAAGGAUGAUUAUUAUCUAAGAGAAAACCAGACAGUCAUGCUAUUUCAGCUGUCACAUGCAACUAAUUUUUGGAUCCAAACCCUUGAUAGUGUCUUCAGAAAAAUCGAAGACCUUGCUCAACUUGUCCAUUGGAGCGACAUGAGUUUUGAGCAAUCUGAGGGGUUUACUUUCCAUCAGGAAAAUGAAUUGAUUUGUAGAAUGCAGAGCUAUUUGGAGGAGCUUGAGUUGGGUUACUUUGUGUUUAGCCUGGCAAAAACUUUUCUGAAAAAUACCAACCAUUAUAUUGUUAGGGAAGGGGGCAAACAGGAUUCUCAGAGAGACCAGACACAGAAGAAUACACCAAGAACUAUUGGUAAUCUUUGGAGAAAACAUUACAGUGCUGAGGUAAAUUCCUUUAAAGUAUCAGGUGAUAAAAAUGAGACGAGUGAGGUAAAAUCCAAAGUAAAUAGCUGGAGGCAUCUUUUAAGUAAUUCUUUUGAGAACAACCUGUUUCACAACUCAUUAAUUGCUGUAACUAUCUGUGAUUGUCUGCCGCUUCUGACAGCUUUAGAUUUAUGAGGAAAUUUUAACAUUGUUAGUUUUAUGACAUAUAGAGGUGUGUAAACAAAUGU